UCCCAGCAUCCACUACGGACUACGAGAAAUAGAAUUAUCGGUAAGUAAAUUCUUAUUUUUUAAUUGGUCAAUGUUAUUAGAUGCCCUUAUGCUCUUGUGCUACAAUGGGACUGAUGCAUUGUAUAGCGAUUGUUUUCACCCUGCUUCUGCACAGGAAGCUGGUGAUAUGUCUUACACAAAGCGAGCACGUCUCCAAGUGCGCGUGAAGAGGUGUAACGGCAUUCUCAUAGGUGGUCAUUCCGAGUUGUUCGCUCGCUGUCGUUUUUAGCAGAAUUGCGAUCAGUCUAAAAUCCGGCAGUUCUGCGCAUGCAUAUGGGCCGCAGGGCGCACGCGCUAAGUACUUUCACACAAAACUAUGCAAUUUUACACAGGGCCAAGCGAUGCUUUUCAGUCGCUCUGCUGAUCGGUGAGUGAUUGACAGGAAGUGGGUGUUUCUGGGUGGUAACUGAGCGUUUUCCGGGAGUGUGCUAAAAAACGCAGGCAUGCCAGACGAAAAAGCGGGCUGGGGAAACGGGGGAGUGGCUGGCAGAACGCAGGGCGUGUUUGUGACGUCAAACCAGGAACCAAACAGUCUGCAGUGAUCGCAAUCUAGGAGUAGGUCUGGAGCUACUCAAACUGCAGGGAAAUAUGUAAUAGAACUGCUAUCCUUUCGUUCGCAAUUCUGCUAAGAUACACUCCCAGAGGGCGGCGGCCUAGCGUUUGCAAUGCUGCUAAAAGCAGCUAGCGAGCGAACAACUCGGAAUGAGGGCCAUAGGCUUUAAUCAUUGAGGGUGUAUGAUGGAACUGAGUGAUGGAUAGAGUUGUGCUUAUACUUAAUUACGUAUAUUUUCAGAUGGUUCUCUUGUUGCAGGGAUAGAACCGGUGCAAGAGCUGGCUGAUAAUGUGGCAGAUAGCGUACUAAUAGGGUCAUCUGGCUGCACAAACACAUACAACUCGGCCCCAUUAUUUGGAAAGAGAGAUGGAGUGUCAAACCAUGACCAUAAUGCAUGAGGCAUCUCCAGGGACCUCCACGUGUCAGAACCAGUUGUGCAAACCCAUGGCACCUUCUUCUGGAAACCUAGACACAGCAUUGGCAGACUCUGGCGAUGGAUUGAAUGAAGAGCAGUGUGACCUUUUUCCACCAGAGGAACUUGGCUUGAGAUGGCAACGCGUCCAAAAAGUUGGAGCUGGUCUCCAAAACCUUGGCAAUACUUGCUUUGUGAAUUCUGUUCUGCAGUGUUUAACAUACACUGCACCUCUCGCUAACUACAUGCUCACACGCGAACACUCCAAGACUUGUCAUGAACAAGAUUUCUGCAUGAUGUGUGUGAUGCAGUCUCACAUAUUGCAGGUUCUGUCUAACUCUGGCAAUGUCAUCAAGCCCACUAACGUGAUCAAUGACUUAAGACGUAUUGCAAAACAUUUUCGCCACGGCAGUCAAGAAGAUGCUCAUGAAUUCCUUCGGUUUACAGUGGACGAAAUGCAAAAAUGCUGUCUAAACUCUUGUCCCAGCUUGGACAUGUGCGCACAAACAACUUUUAUACAUCAAAUAUUUGGAGGUUGUCUGCGUUCUCGAGUGAAAUGUCUGAACUGUAAAGCUGUUUCAGACACUUAUGAAGAAUAUCUUGACAUACCUCUUGAGAUAAAGACCUCGCACAGUGUCAAUAAAGCUUUGGAGGAGUUUGUUAAAUCAGAACAAUUAGAUGGAGACAAUGCAUAUAACUGCAGCAAGUGUAAACGCUCAGUGUGUGCGACAAAGACCUUUACAAUACAACGUGUAUCUAAUGUACUCACUCUGUCCCUCAAAAGGUUUGCUUGUUUCAGUGGUGGAAAACUAACUAAGGAGAUAAAAUAUCCAGAAUAUAUUGAUAUUCGUCCUUACACAUCUCAUCCUAAGGGAGAACCAAUUAUAUUCAAGUUAUAUUCUGUCCUCGUACAUACUGGUGUUAGCUGUAAUACAGGACAUUAUUAUUCCUAUAUAAAGGCUAGCAAUGACUGUUGGUACCUUAUGAAUGAUUCUGUUGUGUCCCGUGUAGACAUCCGGACUGUUCUCAACCAACAGGCAUAUCUUCUAUUUUACAUCAGAUCCCAGAAUGUGCAGAAUGGAGACUCACAUUACACUCUCCAAUCAACCAACCUAAAUUCACCACUGCCCAAUAGCAGCCAUCAAGCUGAAGCCACAAAGCCCCCAUUUAUUGGACCUCAAAAAAUAAUCGAGAAUGUAAAAUACAUGAAUGGGAAUCCGUCACCUAAACCAUCAUUGAAUCGUUCAGUACUAAAUAACUGUACAAAUGUGAAAAGGUCAGUUGGUGCCGUGUCAGAAACCGUGCUAAUAGAUGAUGAGGAAAAGAAUAAGAAGAGUGAACCUCUAGUCAAUGGCAAAUCUGAACUUGGUUCCAGCUUGCCGGAUACUUGUGACGUAGAAGACCUAUCUGAAGACGUAAUAUGGUGUAGAAUGACCUGGAAUAAGAAACGUCUCAAUGGGGUUGUUCAUACAAAUGUUUUUAGCACUUCUAAAAAUCAUCUUAAGGCAACAUCUAGUACAGCUGCUCAAAAGGAUCGUACAGGAUUGACUUCAAUCCAGAGAAUUCCAUCGGCUGAUCAGUCUGCUGGUCCUGCAGCUCUGGCCGAAGAAAUCAAACCUACAACAAUGCCCAGGAGCCCAGAAGUAGAGAGAAUUUUGCAAAAUUCAGAAAACAACUUGCCAGUCCUACACAAUGUUGGUGCUGAUAAAGGAGACUCGCUGGACAUGGCCAGGAAGUACAAUCAUGCCACCAAAGUACCAUCAUGCCACCAAAAGGAAAGGGACACUCGGACUCCUUGUAACACCGGCACUACGUCACAAGUGGUUAAAAGAAAUGGAAGUGUGACCUCCCACAGUAGACAAAACGGUGAUCAGUCAUCCAUUGCGUGUCCAGCAUAUAAUUCUGACAAAUGCAUGCCUACAGCAACACCUUUCCCUCAAAUCAAAGAGCGCUAUUCUGUCCAGGCCGUUGAUGAUCAUGACCAUAAGACACUGAUAAGAAGUCGAAGACCGUUUGACAGAAAGGGUCAUCUUCACAAUAAAAGAGGUACUUCUCCUAGCGGAGACCGAGAAAGACACUCCUAUAAGACAACCAUCAGUAAUGGUGACAAACAUUUAAACAACUAUGACAGGUCCAAGGCUAAUUCUUAUAGACCGUCAUAUGUCUCCAGGGAUCACUCUGUAAGAAAUAAUCAUUUUAGCUACCGGGACCAUGGGAAACAUUGGUCAAGGAAACCUGAUCAUCCAUAUCAAUCCAACCAUUACCAAAGGGAUCGUUCACGUAGCCGAGAGAGAAACUACCCCGAUGAACAUGGACAACGGAAUGGCUAUAGGCCGAGUGAUUAUUAUUCAUCCUGUGACUAUAGAUCUAAUCGGGACAAUGCGUUCUAUAACAGCAGAGACAACUACAGUAGGCCUUCCAGAGAUCACAGAACGGGCUGGUCACAUCAGUCUAGAAAGCGAGACACACGGCACUUUGAUGACUCUCACCAUGGGAAGUCCAGCAAUUACGCAAACCACCACCAACAUGGAGAUUCAAAAAAAAGAAAAUUUCAUUCUGUUAAUAACACAAAUGGAGAUGAAUGUGAGCUUAUUUCCAAGCGCAAGAAUUUUCACAACCUAUAUGUGGAGAAAAACAACUCCCACAUGGGAGAUAGAAAAACAGUCCUGAAAACGUAACAUCAUCUUCUAUUCGCUCCAUAGAACACUGCAUUUAUUCCACUCUAACGUGGUCCAAGUCUUUCAAAUAACAUCUUUUAAUGAGCAUCUUACAAACUAAUAUUACAUGGGGCAGUACAUCACACAAAUAUCUGCGCUUGUGUAUCCUAAACAAAUUCUAUCAAGAUAAGUUGUUACAAAUAGACUUUUAUUUAACUGUACAAGAAUUACCUUUUAUUCUUGUAUAAUUUAGUGAAUGUAUGUUUGUAGUCCACAUUGUCCACUGCUGCAGGUGUAUAACCACCAAACCCUGUGUGCAUACAAGGCGCUUGGUAAUUAAUAUAACAAGUUAGUCUACAUACAUUCAACUAUCCACUGUCGGACUACACCUAGAGGGAAAGAGUGGAGUGGGUAGCCUCUGACUAACGCUGAUGAAGAUUCUCAAUAACCUUGUAACAACUAUCGCGUUCAUAAAUGCAGUGUUUCUAUUUUUUUAUUUUUUUUUUGGAGCUAUUUUAUUUUGCCAAAAUCAUCAUCCUGGCCGACUGGAUCAAGACCAAGAUCAACUAAUUUCCCAUUCCAACUUGUGGGUUGAAACACAUUAAAGCUUAUUGCCCUUGUUCAUAUUAAGUUCUGUGUACAUCUUUGCCACAAGUAUUUUUCAAGUGAUUUGUGUUACUUACUUUUUCAUCCUUCUAAACUUCUCAACUGUUGAUCACUGCGUAGAAUCCGAUCUUAAGCAGACGUGGGAAAUACCCUGGACAUGUGCUCUCAAAUGCUGCUUUCUUAAAGACUCAGGAUUAUAUUUGUAUUUAACAGCAUGUUAUUUUUAUUUUGUUUUUAUUAUACCACCUGUGACAUCUGAACAGAAACUUGAGGAAUCAAUGUUCUUUUUUCUUUUUAUUAUGCAGUAUGGAAGAAAAAGAAAAAACAUUUUUUUUUCUUUUUCUUGGUACGCCCUCAAUAUUGACCUAAUUGGGACAUCCUUGUUGUUUUGGACUUUUGUGUCCUCCUGAAUACCAUUUUGUGUAUCUAAAACAAAGAAAUAGUACAGUUUUAGUUCAUGCAAUACAUCAUGAAUGUUUUAUAUAUGUCCUGCAACACAAUCUUCGUUUUCAUUUUUUUUUUUUUUUUUUUUUUUGUUUCUUCCAUGGACCUUGAUUAACCCUUUUUUCUGCUGCAAAUAUUUUACAUGGGUUACAGGUUAUCCUUUUAAUACCUAGCAAGUCAGUUAUUCAUACUGUGAUUUAAUUUAAAGAUAAAUUUUGAAGAAAAAAAAAUCCAGGUGUACAAGUGUUCCACUCCUGCAUCAGGAGAUGGAGAAUGGAUACAGUGCAAGUAAUAACUGUAUGAUCUAUUGUUUGUGUUCUAAAAGUGUCAUAUUCAAACCGCGUUUGGGGGGGAAAAAAGGACUUUUUUAUAUUGUUGUUUUUUUAAAAAAAACAAAUGACUGUAGCAUACAAUGUACAUAAUAGGGCAGCUUAUUAAUCCAAUAUGUGGGACACUUUCACAUAAAUAUGUCAACUGAGCAAUGUUUCCAUGAUUUGUGUGUAAAUAUUUGUUCUGACAUUAAGAAAUGGAGUACAGUUUACAAUUAUAUAUAA